AUGACCAAGCUCGGCCUCGAGGCCAAAGACCUGGAGCCGACCCGGACGAUCUUCCACGGCAUCGUUCCCGGCCUCUCCUGCUCUCCAAUCGGCCGGGUCCGGCUCGACGUCCUUUUCAGCAAUAGCAACCACUUCCAACGCGAGCCAAUCUGGUUCAAGGUGGUGGACCUGUCCAGCGCGUACCACAUGCUGCUGGGCUGGCCCGCGCUCACCAAGUUUAUGGCGGUCCCCCAUUACGCCUACCUGAAGAUGAAGUUGCCGGGUCCGAAGGGCCUCAUCGCCAUCACCGGCGACUACCGCAAGUCCCUGGAGUGCGCCCAAGACGGCGCCAAACUGGCCGACUCACUCGUCAUAGCCGAGGAGCAGCGUCAGCUGGACCGGAUCGUCGCCCUGGCCAACGAGACAUCGGCCGCGCCGAUCCCGGCCGAGGGGCCGGCCAACGAGGCCUCUUUCAAGCCCUCCAAGGAGACCAAGAAAGUGAAGCUGAACCUGGACGACCCCACCUGCAGCAAGUACGUUGUCGUGGGUACCCACCUCGACAGCAAAUAG